CCGUGUCGUUCGAUGGCGGAAACCACUUGGUCAUUCUCGCAAGAGUUUCAAAUCCAAUUCCAAACAGCUCACACUCAGCUCACACAGCGUGUGGACGAGGCAAAAAGCAAUCUCACUACGGAUGGUCUCUCCGAAUUGAGUCUCGACCUUGCCAAACUUGCCAAACAGCUGGCAGAUGCGACGGGGUCGCUUCCAAACUAUGCGCAGCGGCAAUAUGAACUGCAGGUGAAAUCUUUGGAAAAGUCUCUCGAAGAUCUCCGCGGAUCGGUCCCAAAGAGCAAAUUCUCCUUCAAACGAAAAGCGCCAGUAACGUCCUCGACAUCGGUAGCCCAAUCAGCCCCGACGCCUUCCCUACCCCCACCCGAACCUGCGACAACCAAUUUGACCUUGUCUUCUUACACCCGCCGAUAUAUUUCGCAUACUUCGCUACCCAUUGACAACGCGCAAACAUCCGACCUCGCCAUAUCGGACCUGAAUCAGUGCAUCGUGAACCUUCUUUCAAUUCCUCUCAAACUCUCCGCGUUGCAUAUGCGUAAUUUGGUCGACACGGUUCUGCUCCUUCCGGAGAUUGCCGGCAGUGUUCUGCUGCACGACCUUCGUCGUUGUAUUGUCGUUGUUGGGUGUCACCAGUUCCGAAUGCACACUUCUAGUCUCGUCGACAUACAUCUCUCCAUUUCAUCCAAUCCCAUCAUCGAACACUGCUCAGAACUUCGGUUUUCAAGCUACCCUGCGACACUUGGAGGACAAGAUAAGCCUGGCGUUCUUGCGGUUCAAGACUUCUCCCAUAUCAAGCCAACCCCAUCGCCCAACUGGAAAAUGUUUGACACGAACUCAAUCAUGCCUCAGUGGCCGCUUGAAGUACUCGAAACGGAGAAUGAAGUAGCGGAACAACUCGCAUCACUCCUUCCACCCAAAGCCCCAGUUAAUUAA